UGAGAGGCGUGAGGUUUUGUUUAUUCAGGCAAUUAUCGGAUCGUAAGUGAAGGACUCACUUACUGGAUUGUGAGGACUGGGGUUGGGCUCUGGGAUGUAUAAUGGAAGUGAGCCUGCCCAAACCAAAAGCUUUAAGGAUGGGAAAGAACUUUACAGGCUGUUGGGCUAGGCUGACAGUCAGAUGGAGUGGAUCGUCCCCCUACUUUAAAAAUGGAUGUGAAUAGGCUAGGUCAUACUGCUCCAAGGCUGAGAAGUUGCAUCUGGAUGCCAAAGAAUCUAAAAUUCCAAAAGCUUUGUGAUUCAAGAGUGUAUGGAACUCCUGUGAGUAAGAGACAGUAAGUAGGUGCAGGGGAAUCUGGCCUGAACUUCUCCUGCUGUGUUGGACAUUUCUACAAAGGUCAAGCGAUCAAUGCCUCAGACAGACAAACAAGUAUGCAUCCCACCGGAGCUGCCGGAGCUGCUGAAGCAGUUUACCAAAGCUGCCAUUCGAACCCAGCCUCCCGAUCUCAUUCAGUGGGCGGCCGAGUAUUUCGGGGCCAUGUCCCGUGGAGAGAUCCCUCCAGUGAGAGAGAGAUCUGAGCAAGUCCCUCUGUCCAACUGGGCUGAACUGACACCUGAGCUGUUGAAGGUCCUGCACUCCCGGGUUGGUGGCAGACUGAUCAUCCACGCAGAUGAGCUGGCCCAGAUGUGGAAGGUGUUGAAUCUGCCCACAGACCUGUUUAACAGUGUGAUGAACGUGGGUCGCUUCACAGAGGAGAUCGAGUGGCUGAAGUUUUUAGCCCUUGCUUGUAGCUCUCUUGGAGUUACCAUUGCCAAAACUCUCAAGAUAGUGUGUGAAGUUUUAUCCUGUGACCAUGAUGGAGGACCACCCCGGAUCCCUUUCAGCACCUUCCAGUUUCUGUACACGUAUAUCGCUGAAGUGGAUGGGGAAAUCUCUUCAUCCCACGUUACCAGGAUGUUAAACUACAUUGAACAGGAAGUAAUUGGUCCUGAUGGCUUAAUCAAGGUGAAUGACUUUACUCAAAAUCCAAGGGUUCGGCUGGAAUAAAAGCACAAUUUUGGCAGUUUUAAAGGAAGAUACAGAGGUGGCUGUACUUCAGAAUAGCUGAACUUCAUGCACCAUCUAAAGUCAAUUUUCUUUUAUGACUGGUACAACUAAUAAACAAUUAGCCAGGAA